AUGAAUUUUGAUUUGGAUGAUCCGCUGGAUGGACUGUUGAGCGAUGGCAGUAACGACAGCCUUUUUGGUAACGACACCGGAAAAAAAUCAACAAAAAUCGCUACCAUCGCAUCAAAAUCUGAAACGAAACAGACAAAAAUGGAGGAUCUGUUUGGUAUCAAACCAGAAGGUAAUAAAUCGGACCUAGUCAAACCCACUGCUCCGGCUACCGCACCAACGACCACCGAAAAGGAGCAUGUAUCGCUGGAUUAUUCAAAACCAUCUAUAUCAAGUGGACAGCCGUCCAGUUUUCCGACCAGGAAAACAAGCACACCAAUAAAGAAACCAGAGCCGAAUCCGAAAAAGGAAAUUACGUUUGACGACAGUGAUGUAUUUUCGGAUUUGGGUUUUGAUCCUAAAAAACCGAAAAGUAAAUCUAGUGUAUUGGACGAUAUCCUAGGUGGGCCGAUUAUCACAAGCAGUAAGGAGAUUGUUGCUAAACAAAGCAAAAGUAAGCAAUCGCUUGUUGUGACAAAAGAGGAAUCGGCAGGUAGUAAGACGGUCUCAAGGCAGUCAACCGAAACUUCCGAAAAUCUACCCACAGAAAGUACGAUGAUGGGAGGAUAUGCUCCGAGUGGGGGCAAUCAACGAAGAAGCGCACGAAGAAAAUCUUCCAGUGCUUUAAACGAUCCGCUAGGACUUUUUUCAGCACCAUUGGAUCCAAGAAAGGAAACCAAGACUGUCAAGAAAGGAGCUGAUUGGUUAGGGUUAAACGACGACAGUAACUCUAACGAUCCGGAACCCGCUGCGGCCGUUCGCACUGAACCUGAACCAGUUAAGGCUGUUGAAGUCAUUAAGCCACAAAGCCCGAAAGUUGAAGUAUUUUCGAAGACCCCAGUUUCGCAGGUGCCUACAUUGGCACUGCCGGAAUCCAUUCCAACUGCAUUGCCUGUAAUAGUAAAACCAAAUAUAGCUACUACUGCUCAAACAAUGGAAAUUUUAAAUCGAGAAACUGAAAGUGCCUUAAGCACGUUGCAACAACAGGAUUUUCAGGUAACAAUUGCCAAUCAGAUGAAAAAUCAAGAGCAAGUGCUGUUUGAUUUGCAGCAAAAACAGCAAGCAAUUUUGCAAAAACAAGAAACGCAAUUCAACGAAUUAUUACAGAAACAAAUCUAUCGUCAUAAUCACUUAGAGGAUGUCAUAGCCAAACAACAAGAACGUAUAAAUGCCAACAUCCAACUGAUGAUGACUCAACCUGCUCAGUUCCUAUCUCUACCAACAGAAAAAAUAGACUCCAAACAAGCUGAAAUUACAAAACCAAGCGAUGAGAAAGAAGAACUAUUUAACAAAGUGCAACUAGAAUCCGACCUGAAACGAUUGGAAAUGGAAAAACUUCGACUGGAAGAUCUGGUUUCGAACAUUACAGCGAAUCACGAGCAAGAAAUCGUAUUGCUGGAGCAAAGCUACCGAAAACAAAUGGCGUUUCUAGAGGAAAGUUUAAAAAUUAUGGAAACCCGAAUGAAAGUUGAAAACAAAAAUCUGGAGGAUUAUUAUAAAGCAAAACUACAAGGUUUGGAAGCAGAGAAAGAACAACUACUAGCUGAGCAUGCUAAGCAGGUCCAACAGAUGGAAGUUAAUCAUCGAAGUGCGAUCGAAAAAAUUAAAAGCAAUUAUGAAGAAAACUUAGAAAACAUGAAAUCCGAACACCGGGAGAUGAUCACCAAUAUACGGGAAUCAAAAAUGAUGGAAUUUUCCCUCCUACAGGAUAACCAUUCGUACGUGAACAUGCUGAAAAGUGCUUCCAAUUAUCUGGAAACCGCUUCCGGUGAUUUGCAGCAACUGAAAGACACCUUGCAGGAUCGGCUAGAAUUUACACAAAAAGAAAAGGAAAUUCAGUUGAAAUCAAGGGAAAAACAACUGGACGAUCAACAGCGACUGUUGGAGCGAACCAAGGAAGCUGCUGAGACGGAAAAAGUACGGUUACUGAAUUUGGUGGAAAUGUUGGAAUUGAAACUGGCCGAUCUAACCAAGACCACUUCUGAAGAACAUUGGACCUACCAACAAAAGCUGGUGAAGUUGGAAUCGGAAAAGUCUUCUUUUGACAAGGAAAAGGAACAUGCGCGGGAAAAGUUCGCACGUGAGGAAAAGCGGCUGGAUGAGCUCAAACAGCAACAGUUGGAAGAACAUUCCAAGCUGAUGCAAAAAAUCCACGACGAAAGGCAACUGCUUUUGGAGGAGAAAGCCAAGCUAGAAACUCUAUCGAAAAUUCAAAAACCAGAUUCAGCAGCAGAGCUGUCCCGCGCGGAAAUCGAUGCAGCGAUUAAGGUAGCAGAAGAGGCUGCUCGCCAAUCGGACAAGGAACGCGAAAGAUUCCUACAACUGCAGCGACAGUUUGAAAGCAAACGGCGAGAACUGAUCAGCCAGAACAGUGCAAUGCAGAACAAAAGUAUUGAGCUGGAAAAUGCCAUCUCUAGUGCAAAAGCAAAGGAACAGUAUGCAGAAAUGGCAUUCAAAGCUGUUAAACGUGCCGAACAAAAUUUGCAACUGAAGGUUCAGCUCGUUCAAAAACAAUUCCGCGAGGUUUCCGAGCGGGAAGAUCGUCUCGCAAAGGAUAAAAUCGAACUGAGCAAGGAACGAUUGGAGUUACAGUCGACAAGAAAACGACUGCAGACCAGUCGGUGCAGUUUGUGUAAAAUCAGUGAGCGUUCGCAGGAAAUUGGAGACUACCUCACAACGGCGGCGGUGCACAACUCCGACUCCGUUGCCGAUGAUCGGAAAUUGGAGGCAAAUUUCAUUGAGAUGCAGCAUCGAGAUGCCGUUCAACUGGACCAAUUUUUCGAUAGCGAUUUAGAUCGACAACUGCAGGGUUUCCUAGAGAGAAACCGAGUGGACGACGCCGAAAUGGGUGCUGCUCAAGCCGCAGGUUUGCUUUCGAAUCUAGCUGAAAACGAAGAUGGAACGGUGGAUUCGGAUUUGCUGCUGCAAAGAUUUAGUGCACUGAAGUCGCUGAAUUUCGAUAAUGUUGAUGAAUUAUGA